AUGGGCCGCGAAAAAAAACACAGUGGCCCUGGCGCGGCACCAGGCGCCCAUGCCAAAGAGCGGCAUAAGAAGAGGCUUCGAGCUCAAACCAUAAGCAAUCCGGUGGUUUUGAAUGCGAGGCCAGAAGUUCACAACUUGAAAUCUAAACACCACUCGUACUACGAGAUCGUCGAGAACAAAGACAAGAAGAAGAAGCUGGAGUUCAAGAUUACCAGCAGGAGAACGCCGCCGCCAGGGUUCGAAUUCGUUCCCAUCGGCAACCCCGAGUUGACAAAAGCUUGCAAGGAACUCUCACGCGAGCAUGACGCCAUGAUUUUCAUUGUAUCCAAUGGCACGGGCGGCGGCCUGUCCCAGCAAAUGAACCGUGUCGGCCACCACAUACGACAGGGCAUCGUUGAGGAAGCGCGCAGAGAAGUUAGCGACAACGGCAACUCCUCAGACGAUCAUGCACAGUCUGGUCUACCAGAACCGAUCCCCGAAUCUCAAGAAGAGAUCAACGCGCAGGCGGAUCUAGCGAUAAGAGAUUUAUUUCCCCGAAUUCCAAACACUGACCGACAAACAAUCAUCGAGCACUCUUUUAAAAAGGGAGCGACAAAAAAGGGUGAACCUCUUGUCGGCUUGGCCCGAGACAUUCCUCUCUCCCGCCGCGUGCAGCUGGCCGUUUUAGCCCACAUCAGGCACACACACACUCGCUAUGACAGCCUCUUACGGGAGACAUCCUAUUUAAAUGCCAGAAAGGCCGUUGAAGGGCUCUGUCUGGAUGUGCUCGUCAAGUGGCGAGGCGAUGAGGAGACUGGCCGUGACCAGCUAGACGAAAUUCUCCGGGAAGUGAUUGUUAUAUCUGACUCUGAAGGUGAAGAGGAUGGUGACGAGGACGAGGACGACGAGGCCGAUAGUAGCGGCGUUGAGUCUGGAGAUCUUGCCGCGGAGCCCAGCUAUCUCCCAUAUCCCGCGGUGCCACAGCCCCGAACGCGCAAGGACCCUGAGACAGCCUUGGAGCUGCGUCACACGCGGCGUCCGUUGGUCUACGGCGAGCGUGCGACGUGGCGGGAUGAGCCCGAUUACAGUUAUGCCCGGCCAACCCGCCCGUAUAUGCAGGAUCUCACUGCUGCCCAUCGUGCCAGGCGGGGUUUCAAGCGGUACGAGGCUGCGCUAUCUGCGCGAUGGGGUGAAGCUGUUCAUCGGGCUCGUCACCAACAAGACCACCCAAAGGAAGCGCCUCCUCGCAUAGUCGAGUAUCGGAGCCAUUCCCAGCAAGGCAUACUGCGCCCAGAACAAGCUCCAGCGUCGAAUCAUGUUUACUAUACCAGCACAAUACGGGACUCUCCGCAACUUAGGGGCGGCGACGGCAGCACCUUGCAGCCAUUAGAAUAUCCAACAAGGGGCCCGAUCCAGACCCUGGUGGCGUCGGAUACCGCACUCCAGAGAAGCCCUUCGGGCGGUUUAUCAAGGGGCGCCAGCCCACUUACUGAUCCACGACAGACACAGCAACCGCAGAGGGUUGUAGUACGAUCAAGUGAGGCUCGUGACUUUUUGGUGCCGUCAGUCGAACCUCUGUCUCCGUCCAUGGAACAGUUACCAACCGCCCCAGUUUUUGUUCGAACUGUAUCCCCUCGGCAGGUAUCACGUCCUCCGAAAGGCCGUGUAGAUGAUAGGCGGACCCAGUACGACUCACGCAACUCACCGGGCUGGGGCGGAGAACCAGGGACCUUGAAGCGCAGGCGCGUGGUGGACGAUGAGUCGUAUUCUCCCCAUGGAGCGCCUCUUCAUGCAGCCGUCCCUAUGCGCCGGCUGGCAAGUGAUGGAUGGAAGCGGGCACCCGCCUAUUAUGCUGUAUCGCGACCCCAUGAAGCACCGCCCCACAUACCCACCGACCAAGACUCGCACACGCACGUCGCUCUGCGACAGACGCACCGCGUUACUAGGAUCCCUGUGUCUGCACCUGAAGGACGGCCCUAUUAUGAAAGUCCCGGGCUGGAGCUGCCUUUGGGAUCCGAACGUGCGCCGAUUGUUUUAGAUGACUCGGAUAUGGACCGUCCUCUGGCCGCGGCGACAUACCCAGUUCGGGACUAUCGUGGUAACAUUAUCUCAGAGCACCGGGAGCAGCCUUAUCAAGAUGUUGAGGUUCAGCACGCACCGUUCGUUGAAUAUCGUCGGCCUCCACUGACAGACUACUCUGGCCGUCCAAAUCCUGAAGGUCCUCCCAUAUAUAUUGAGAGCAUGCCACGGCCGCAGGAUCCACUUCCUAUCCAUUUGGGACCAAGCGCCAUCGAUCGGCCAGUUGUUUACGAGCGGCAGCCACCGCCGCACAACGCACCGGAGCCGCGUCCUGUAGUAUACAAUCCUCCUCUCCCUCCCAUAUACGACUCUGCCCCUUCUCACCUACAUCACCAGGACGUUCACGAGCCUGCCCCAAUGUUUAUUAGACCUGUGGUGCGGCAUAGCCCACGUCCAUUGGCAGAGGUCCAAGGGCAGCCCCAAUGGCACCACAACUCUGGUGCAACCCAUGACUAUCAGGCACAUCCUCCAGCCGCAGGUGCUUGGGCGCAACCGCCUCAAGCCAGUGCGUACGAUGCGCCGGCAGCAUACCAACUCUACCCUCCACAUCCAGCACAGCACCCAUUGAGCAGCUAUGACUAUGGAAGCCAUGCAGAGCACCACAACCAGCAUUACAACCAGCCAGGUCAAUAG